CUCACAGUGCCUCAGUUCAUUUGAAACAGUUGUGUCAUUCGGUAAGUGUUAUGCGGUUUCUCUGAUCGCUUCCGAUACUGUACUGUCGGUCGAAAGCUAGUUUAGCUAAUGUGACAAAUUAAUAUUACGAUCCGUAUCGCUGAAAACUGUUCGAGUGUGUGAUAUCCGUGAUAUCCCAUUGUAAGGGCUACAUUUUUUGAGCCGGUGUUAAAUUACCGAAAAAUUAAACGUAGAAUAGGCGGUAAAUGACGUGUCGCCAAAGGUCGUUUCUGUUUGCGGGGUGAUGGAAAAUUUACGAUGAGAUUGAGCGAAGCUUAAGAUAUUCCCAUAAUAUUCCGAGAGGAUCAACGUGAGCUAGAAGCUUGGGUUGUUUAUUUUUGAUCUAUUUCUGGGAUGACGGAAGACAAAGUCGUUUUCCCAACACAAAAACCCGAAAAUCAAAGGUGACAAAAUAAAUGAGGGAAAAAAUAUAUUUCUUGGCUGACAUCUACCAGCUCUUCUUGAUAAGAAAGUGCAAUAAGUGAGCUCCAGUCGUCGUAUUACAGAAAGAAGAAAAACAUACAACGAGGUUUUAAAAGAUAUUCAACGUUUCUGGAUUGUAUUUUCUUAUCUCUCGUGCCACCCAGAUAUCAGUAGGAGUGUUUUUGUGCGGUUCAUCGUGUGAAAAAGUGUAAGCUCGUUUUGAAUUGUUUGCUGAGAGAUUGUGCGGAAAGGUGUGAAUAUUGCAGCUAAAAUUACCGAUCCCGAGACAGCUGCCUUCCUCUGGCAUCAAAAGAUUCAUCAUGCCCAAAUUUUACAAGGUCGAAAUCAACAAAACAGAGUGGGAGGUACCUGAGCGCUACCAAAUGCUGACUCCGGUAGGGAGUGGUGCUUAUGGCCAAGUCUGCUCAGCUACCGACAGCCAGCACAACGCAAAGGUGGCUAUUAAAAAACUAGCCCGUCCCUUCCAAUCGGCCGUUCAUGCCAAGCGAACCUAUCGGGAACUCCGCAUGUUGAAGCACAUGAACCACGAAAACAUCAUCGGCCUGUUGGACGUGUUUCAUCCCGGUGGAAAUACUUUGGACUCCUUCCAGCAGGUCUACCUGGUCACGCACCUGAUGGGGGCAGAUUUGAAUAACAUUAUCCGGACCCAACGGCUUUCGGAUGACCACGUACAGUUCCUAGUCUACCAGAUAUUGCGUGGCCUUAAAUACAUUCACAGCGCAGGAAUCAUUCAUAGGGAUUUGAAACCAUCCAACAUUGCAGUCAACGAAGAUUGCGAACUAAAAAUAUUAGACUUUGGUCUGGCGCGACCAACCGAGAAUGAAAUGACCGGCUAUGUUGCAACGCGAUGGUACCGGGCACCGGAAAUUAUGCUAAACUGGAUGCACUACAAUCAAACCGUCGACAUCUGGUCAGUCGGUUGCAUCAUGGCGGAGCUGCUGACCGGACGAACUUUGUUCCCCGGAACCGACCAUAUUGAUCAACUAACGCGAAUUUUGUUCUUUUGCGGAGUGCCAAAUGAAGAGCUUAUGCAAAAGAUGUCAAACCAGGAGGCAAGGCACUACAUUCGGUCCCUCCCGAAAACUGAGAAGCGAAACUUUAGUGACGUGUUCCGUGGUGCAAAUCCGUUAGCAAUUGAUUUACUGGAGAAGAUGUUGGAACUUGAUGCAGAUAAGCGAAUAACUGCCGAACAGGCAUUGGCUCAUCCGUACCUGGAAAAAUAUGCGGAUCCAACAGAUGAACCAACUUCUACGCUUUAUGAUCAAAGCUUCGAAGACAUGGAACUUCCAGUUGAGAAGUGGAAGGAACUCGUGUUUCAAGAAGUGGUCAAUUUUGUACCCCAGCAGCAUGCUCAUGUCGGAAGCGAACAGCAGUAAUGUUGUUUUGAAAAACAGCGAAGAUUGUCAACAUAGCCAUCCUUAGCCCAAGAAGACAGCACAUUACACGCCAUUAUAGUUGCAGCAGAUACGGGAAAUAUUUACUAUAUAACAACUCUCAAGUUAACCUACGAGGAAGGCAACAAAAAAGGAAUUGAUUGGCAGGGAAUUUGUUCUAAAAACACUACAUAUUGUAUUACAAAUGAUUUGUAUAAGCAUAAAUUUUUUUAAAGCAAAUUAGCAACAUUAUUGUUGAUGUAUUGUCGAAAUUAAAACAAAAUUUAAAAUAA